ACAGAAGUGUCGAGGCCUCGAGUUGGACUCGGGCGUUUUAUUAAAGAGAAACCCUUUUCUUUUCCGACUCGUGGAAAUUCGUUAGUUAUCGUUGGAGGGUCUUAGUUUUGGGAGCAAUUUCAGCGGCCUCUUGACUGGCACACAGCCGUCGUCAUGCCACAGAACGAGUACAUAGAGUUACACCGAAAGCGGUAUGGCUACCGCUUGGAUUACCAUGAGAAAAAGAGAAAGAAGGAAAGCCGUGAGGCUCAUGAACGUUCAAAGAAAGCAAAGAAAAUGAUAGGUCUAAAGGCCAAACUUUACCAUAAACAACGUCAUGCUGAGAAGAUUCAAAUGAAAAAGACUAUCAAGAUGCAUGAAAAGAGAAAUACCAAGCGAAAGAAUGAUGAAAAAACUCCCCAAGGAGCAGUGCCUGCAUAUCUGCUGGACAGAGAAGGUCAAUCCCGAGCCAAAGUCCUUUCCAACAUGAUUAAACAAAAACGAAAAGAGAAAGCUGGUAAAUGGGAAGUGCCCUUGCCAAAGGUUCGUGCCCAGGGAGAAACAGAAGUGUUAAAGGUUAUUCGUACAGGAAAGAGGAAGAAGAAGGCUUGGAAGAGAAUGGUUACUAAAGUCUGCUUUGUUGGGGAUGGCUUUACUCGAAAACCACCAAAAUAUGAAAGAUUUAUUAGACCAAUGGGUUUGCGUUUUAAGAAGGCUCAUGUAACUCACCCUGAACUUAAAGCCACUUUUUGCCUACCCAUACUUGGUGUGAAGAAGAAUCCCUCAUCCCCACUAUAUACAACUUUGGGUGUCAUUACCAAAGGUACUGUCAUUGAGGUGAAUGUGAGUGAGCUGGGCCUUGUGACACAAGGAGGCAAAGUUAUCUGGGGAAAGUACGCACAGGUUACCAACAAUCCAGAAAAUGAUGGAUGCAUAAAUGCUGUCUUGCUUGUUUGAUUGAUCAAAUGGAAUUCUACAUUUUUGCUAAUUAUUAAAGACUCUAUAUCAAGAAAUAAUAGGGUGAACAGUUACAGAUCAUAAUAUUCCACCAAAUAUGAUUAUAAAUGAGGUCUACUGUUCUUUUAAGUAAAUUCUAUUUAUUAUAUUGUAUAUUGGCUAUUAAAAAAGACUCAGUUAUAUACAUUGGGUUUUUGAUUGGAGGUUAAUUUGAAGUUUAAAUACUUUUAUUGAUAAUUGAGCACAAUUUCUAGAGAAAAGAAAGAUGAGACACCUUUUUUAUGUGACAUUUUUGCAUUUUGAUAUGGUAAUUAAAAAAAAAAGCUUGUAAAACUGACUACUGCUGAAUACAGUGAAAUCCUCUCA